UUCACGCACUGCAGCUACUUUUGAGACCAGCUGUUACAAGUGUGUGGCUCACUCACUGUUUGCUCAGUGAGCGACGAGUGCGCGUCUGAGAGCCGGAAGUCGCUGAUCCUGGAUCCUGGUGGAUGUCGGCUCGGUGGAGGGAGUGAUCUGAGAUUAGGAGGAAUUGUGACCGCAGCCGAAGCAGACCGAAGAAAAAAAAACACAGCAAACAACAUGGGGAACUCCGACUCCAGGCUCAACUUCAGGAAAGCCGUCAUACAACUUACAACGAAAACACAGCCUGUGGAGGCCACAGACGACGCGUUCUGGGCCCAGUUCUGGGCCGAUACCUCCACCUCCGUCCAGGACAUGUUCGCUCUGGUGCCUGCAGCCGAGAUCCGGGCGGUCCGAGAGGAAUCCCCCUCCAACCUGGCAACCCUGUGCUAUAAGGCAGUAGAGAAGUUGGCUCAGACUGCAGACUCGGGCUGUCGCUCCGUGAGGGAGCAGCAGGUGGCUCUGAGCUGCUCGCGGCUGCUCACGCGGGUCCUGCCCUACAUCUUCGAGGACCCUGACUGGAGGGGCUUCUUCUGGGCCACGGUGCCCGGGGCGGGGCGGGCGGGGGCGGAUGGAGGUGAUGAUGAGGAUGAUGGAGCGCGUCCAUUGGCUGAGUUUCUCCUCCUGGCCAUCGCAGACCUGCUCUUCUGUCCUGACUUCACCGUACAGAACCACCGGAGAGGCGGUCCGGACAGUGCGGAGGACAUCCAGUCCGUGGACAGCUGUGAACACAUCUGGGAGGCGGGUGUGGGGUUCGCUCAGCCCCCCCCCCUCAACUACACCCACGACCUCAACAGGGUGGAGCUGUUGAAGCUGCUGCUCACCUGUUUCUCUGAGGCCAUGUACCUGCCCCCCUCCUCCGACCCCCCAACAGCCAACCCCUGGGUCAGCUUCUUCUGCUCCGCCCACAACAGACACGCGCUGCCCCUGUUCACGUCCCUGCUGAACGCCGUGUGUGCCUACGACCCGGUUGGGUACGGGAUCCCGUACAACCACCUGCUGUUCUCCGACUCGCGGGAGCGGCUGGUGGGCCACGCCCUGCAGGCCCUCAUCGUCACCCUGGAGACGGAGGGCGGGGCCUCGCCCCCCGGACACGCCCCCGAGCCCUCCGAUUCGCCUGCAGCCGCAGACGAGCAGGAGUCUGUGGGCCCAGAUAACCUCUUUGUGAACUACCUGUCCCGGAUCCACAGGGAGGAGGACUUCUCCUUCAUUCUGAAAGGUGUUGCUCGGUUGUUGACGAACCCCCUGACCCAAACCUACCUGCCCAACUCCACCAAGAAGAUCCAGUUUCACCAGGAGCUGCUGGUUCUGUUCUGGAAGCUCUGCGACUUCAACAAGAAGUUCCUGUUCUUUGUGCUGAAGAGCAGCCAUGCCCUGGACAUCCUCCUGCCGAUCCUGUACUACCUCAACGAAGCUCGCUCUGAUCAGUCACGUGUGGGGCUGAUGCACAUUGGGGUGUUCAUCCUGUUGUUACUGAGUGGGGAGAGGAACUUUGGGGUGCGUCUGAAUAAGCCGUACACUGAGAGAGUGUCCAUGGACGUCCCCGUGUUCACAGGGACCCACGCCGACCUGCUCAUCAUCGUUUUCCACAGGAUCAUCACCAGUGGACACCAGCGCUUGCAGCCUCUGUUUGACUGCCUGCUCACCAUUGUGGUGAACGUGUCGCCCUAUCUGAAGAGCCUGUCCAUGGUGGCAGCCAAUAAGCUGCUGCAUCUGGUGGAGGCGUUCUCCACCCCCUGGUUCCUGGUCUCUGCCCCCCAGAACCACCACCUGAUCUUCUUCCUGCUGGAGGCCUUCAACAACCUCAUCCAGUACCAGUUCGAUGGUAACUCUAACCUGGUGUACGCCAUCAUCCGUAAGCGUGCGGUGUUCCACCAGCUUGCGAACCUGCACUGUGACCCUCCCUCCCUGCAGAGGGCGCUGCAGCGGAAGAAGAGGUCACCUGACCGCACCGUCUCCAUGGAAGCCUCCCGGCCAGCCGUGCUCGCCGGGCCUGGAACAAUCAACACCAGCCUGGCUGCCACGCCCGGUAUUGAUAAGCUGACGGAGCAGGCUCAGGUGUCUCAGGACGGCACCAUGGUCUCGGUCCAGCAGGCAGACCCAGUGGAGGCCCCGCCCAUCCACCCCGAGGCCAGCGACACAGAGCCCCACUCAGGGAGGGAGACAGAGGAUGUCUUGGACAUGGAGACAGAGACGGAGUUGCCACGGAAACGGCCCUCAAGUGCAUCAUCGACCAAUCCCUGGGUCCCCACGCCCGAAUGGGUUCUCUCCUGGAAGGUAAAGUUGCCACUGCAGACCAUAAUGAGGCUGCUGCAGGUGCUGGUUCCGCAGGUGGAGAAGAUCUGCAUCGACAAGGGCCUGACGGACGAGUCAGAGAUACUGAAGUUCCUUCAGCACGGCACUCUGGUGGGCCUGCUCCCGGUUCCGCACCCCAUCCUGAUCCGAAAGUACCAAGCCAACGCCGGGACGUCUACCUGGUUCCGCACCUACAUGUGGGGUGUGGUCUACCUGCGGAACGUGGACCCGCCCAUUUGGUAUGACACGGACGUGCGGCUGUUUGAGAUUCAGAGGGUGUAGAGGGGAGGAGCCACAAGAGUGACUGACAGGAGCAGGGCUGCACUGCCCGCCUCCCCCGCUGCCCUGAGGGAGAGGAGGGGGGACGAAGAUGGAGCCACAGCUGAGAUUACUCUUCUUCUUCCUCUCCUUCUUCUCAACUGCAGAGCCCUGCUCAUGCUCCUGCACACAGUGCUAAGGAUGAACACCGCCCUCUGGUGGACAGAAGUGUUCAUUAAGACAUGAUGACCAUUGCACAUGCUGUUUUAAUGAGUCAACGUGUGUUUCUGUGUGCGCACAUGCGGUCAUGUGGCUGUGUGUGUGUGUGUGUGUGUGUGUGUGUGUCUGUCCAGAACUGAUCUGCCUUUUCAGGCUGUGCGCUGGUUACCUGUGUGUGUUGGGUGAGCCCUGUUAUAACUCAGCUGUGCUGGGUCCGGUGCUGGGUCAUUUUGGCUGGUUUCUCAUUAAAAAAAGCCCCGCCUCCUUCGCUCCGCCCAUCCGUGCUCAGCUCGCGUGUCAUUGGACAAUGUCCAGCGGCUGCUGCACAGCUUCACUGUGUUUGAUCUUCUCUGCUCUGACUGUCUCUGCCUGUGUCUGACUGUGUCUCUGCCUGUGUCUGACUGUGUCUCUGCCUGUGUCUGACUGUGUCUCUGCCUGUGUCUGACUGUG